GAGAGAAGACCCGGUAGAGCGCGAGGAGGGAGAGAGAGAGAGAGAGGGGGAGAGAGAGAGAGUGAGAGAGAGAGAGAGUGAACGAGAGGAGAGAGAGAGCGACGACCGUCAGGGUCCGGGUGCCUGAGGGACGGACGACACGGAGAGGGAGAGGACUGACUGAGCGUGUGAUCGUCCGACCGACUCAGCGACUGACGGACAGACAGACAGAUUGAAUGAAGCUGCACCUGGUGCUUCUGAGGGCCUUUCCCAUGUUUUGAUUUCCUCCAUUUAAAAAAAAAAAAACUUUCUAAACUUGGUUUGACCGAGCCGCUCCUUGCCAUGCCGUCCAACAGUCCUGCUGCCGCCGAACCGGCCCAGACGCCAGAGAACGAAGCCUCCAAUGAUGUGAAUGAAGACGGAGCAGACCAGGACAGUCCAGAGGAGGGGACGCCAGCAAGUCCCCGCACCAAGCGCAGAGUGGGCCGUCCCGGCAGGAAACGCAAACAGCUGCUUCCUGAGAUGGCAACCUCUGACCCCUGUGCAAACGCCCCCCCAACGCCGCCCGAGGAGCCGGAGCCCUCCCCCUCCCCUCGCAAGAAGCGCGGGCGUCGGAAACUGGAGCAUACCGAGAAGAAUAAGGACGAGCCAGAUGACAGAAACUGCGACUCCCCCAGAGAGGGUGAGACUGGGAGGCUGCGGAGGAGGCCAGUUCCCAGAGUGACUUUCCAGGCUGGAGAUCCGUACUACAUCAGCAGGAGACAGAGAGAAGAAUGGCUCAGAAACUGGAAGAUGGAGGCAGAGAGACGGGCGUACCGAGAAGCCGAGAUGAGCAUGAUGGACGACCUAUCAGAGGCCGACUUCCAAAAAGAGGAGGAACCAGCCAGCCCGGCCCCUCCCCCUCCCCCUCCCCCUUCACAACAACAAACAGACCCCGCCUCGCCGACGGUCGCCGUAACGCCGGAGCCGGUUGCCAGGGGUGACCAGGCCACGCCCAGAGAGAUGGAGUACCAGGAUGGCAGGGGCUUUGUCAUCGGCUCGCUGGUGUUCGGGAAACUGCGUGGUUUCUCCUGGUGGCCCGGCAGGAUCGUCUCCUGGUGGAUGAGCGGCCGGAGUCGAGCCGCCGACGGGACUCGCUGGGUCAUGUGGUUCGGAGACGGCAAGUUCUCCGUGGUUUGUGUGGAGAAGCUGAUGCCUCUGAGCUCUUUCUCAUCCGCCUUCCACCAGCCCACUUACAACAAACAGUCCAUGUACCGGAAAGCCAUCUUCGAGGCUCUGCAGGUGGCAAGCGUUCGGGCAGGGAGGCCCACUCCUUCCUGCGAUGCCAGCGAUGACGCGGAGGGAGUCGAACCUCAGACCAGAGAGAUGAUAGAGUGGGCCAUGACCGGCUUCUUACCCAAAGGCCCACAAUCAUUGGACCCCCGAGAGGGUAUACACACAGAGGAGCAGAAUUAUAAAGAAAUGUACCCAGAGAUGUGGACAGAACCUGAGGCAGCGUACACGCCUCCGCCUGCCAAGAAACCACGCAAGAACUCAGCUGAGAAGGCAAAGAUCAGAGAGGUGAUCGAUGAAGGGACCAGAGAGAGACUCAUACAAGAGAUUAAAAAGAAGACCAGGAACAUAGAAGAUAUCUGCAUCUCCUGCGGAAGCCUCAACGUCUCUCUGGAGCAUCCUCUCUUCGUAGGAGCAAUGUGCCAGGGCUGCAAAAACUCCUUCCUGGAGUGUGCCUACCAGUACGACGACGACGGCUACCAGUCCUACUGCACCAUCUGCUGUGGAGGCAGGGAAGUGCUCAUGUGUGGCAACAACAACUGCUGUAGGUGUUUCUGUGUGGAGUGUGUGGAUCUGAUGGUAGGAGCCGGCUCAGCGACAGCAGCCAUCAAAGAAGACCCCUGGAACUGUUACAUGUGCGGCCCUCGAAACACCUACGGGUUACUGCGGCGACGGGACGACUGGCCCUGCCGACUACAGCACUUCUUUGCCAACAACCAUGAACAGGAAUUCGAGCCAGCCAAGUUGUAUCCUCCAGUUGCGGCAGAAAAAAGACAACCAAUCAGAGUCCUAUCCCUGUUUGACGGCAUCGCGACAGGUCUGUUGGUGCUGAAGGAUUUGGGCAUCCAGGUCGACAAAUAUGUGGCGUCCGAGGUGUGUGAAGACUCCAUCACUGUCGGCAUGGUCCGACACCAGGGACGUAUCAUGUACGUGGGCGAUGUACGCAACGUAACCCACAAACAUAUCGAGGAGUGGGGACCAUUUGACCUGGUGAUAGGAGGAAGCCCCUGCAAUGACCUCUCCAUAGUCAACCCUGCACGGAAAGGCCUUUACGAGGGAACGGGACGGUUGUUUUUCGAGUUUUACCGUCUCCUACACGAGGCCCGACCAAAACCAGGCGAUGAGCGGCCGUUCUUCUGGCUGUUUGAGAACGUGGUCGCCAUGGGAGUCAGCGACAAACGGGACAUCUCACGCUUUUUAGAGUGUAACCCAGUGAUGAUCGAUGCCAAGGAAGUCUCUGCUGCCCACCGCGCUCGAUAUUUCUGGGGAAACCUGCCAGGCAUGUCCAGACCUCUGUCGCCCAUGACGAAUGACAAGCUGGACCUACAGGAGUGCCUGGAGCACGGGCGCACAGCUAAGUUUGAGAAGUUGCGUACGAUAACGACACGCUCCAACUCUGUGAAGCAGGGGAAAGAUGAACAUUUCCCCGUCUACAUGGACAACAAGGAGGACAUCCUCUGGUGUACCGAGAUGGAAAGGGUGUUUGGUUUCCCCGUCCACUACACCGACGUGUCCAACAUGAGUCGUCUGGCCAGGCAAAGGCUCCUGGGACGUUCCUGGAGCGUUCCCGUCAUCAGGCACCUCUUCGCCCCGCUCAAGGAGUACUUCGCCUGCAACUAGUCACACACCAACUCUCUCUCUCUCUCUCGCACGCACACGCACACACACACACACACA